CACAUGAACAAAACAAACAAGAACUCGAAUCGAACACGACUCCUCGGCUGAAAAAAUCGGGGAUAGCUCGGCGAAGGCAAGCCAUUCCAGCUUCUAGCUCAGCACACGCCUCUUUCCCAUCCUCUGCGGUCUGCGCCUCCCAUGCCGUCGCCCUCGCUCCGGCUCGCCGUCGUCGGCGCGGGCGCGGCCGGGCUGGCGGCGGCGCGUGAGCUCCGCCGCGAGGGCCACGUCCCCGUCGUCUUCGAGCGCGCCGCCGCCGUGGGGGGCACCUGGCUCUACGCCGCCCCGGCGCCCGCAGCCGCCACCGACCCGCUCGGCGCCGCCGCAACCCACUCCAGCCUCUACGCCUCGCUCCGCACCAACCUCCCCCGCGAGGUCAUGGGCUUCCUCGACUUCCCCUUCGCCGCGGCCAGCUCCGUCGUCGACGCGCGCAGGUUUCCCGGCCACCAGGAGGUGCUCCGGUACCUCGAGGACUUUGCGCGGCGGUUCGAUCUGUACGGGCUCGUCAGGUUCGAGACGGAGGUGGUUGGAGUCCGCAGGGAGGCCGGCGGGAGGUGGACGGUGACGUCCAGGAAGCUUGGGGAGAAAGGGGAGCAGGACGAGGAGGUGUAUGAUGCCGUCGUGGUUUGCAACGGGCACUACUCCGAGCCUCGCAUCGCAUCCAUACCUGGGGCAGAUGUGUGGCCCGGAAAGCAGAUGCAUAGCCACAAUUACCGUGUUCCCGAGCCAUUCCUUGAUCAAGUAGUGAUCGUAAUCGGAGCCUCGGCAAGUGCAGUUGACAUUUCGAGAGACAUUGCAAGCGUUGCAAAGGAGGUUCAUAUUGCUGACAGAUCAGCACCGGCUUCCACCUGCGAACAGCAACCUGGAUAUGAUAAUAUGUGGCUCCAUUCCAUGAUUGACAGUGCACAAGAAGAUGGCAGUGUGGUGUUCCAGGAUGGCCACUCAAUCAAAGCGGAUGUCAUCAUGCACUGCACUGGCUACCUGUAUGACUUCCCAUUCCUUGGCGAUGAUAGCACCAUUUCUGUGGACGACAACUGCGUUGAUCCAUUAUACAAGCAUAUUUUCCCUAUACAUGUGGCUCCUGACCUAUCUUUCAUCGGAUUGCCGUGGAAGGUUAUCCCUUUUCCACUGUUUGAACUCCAAAGCAAAUGGGUUGCUGGUGUUCUGUCUGGACGGAUCAAGCUUCCAUCCAAAGAUGAAAUGAUGGAAGAUGUCAAAGCCAUCUACUUGAGAAGAGAAACUCGUGGAUGGCCUAAGAGAUACACCCACAACUUUAGUGGUGGCUAUCAGUUUGAGUAUGAUGAUUGGCUCGCGGAGCAAUGCGGUCAUCCACCAAUUGAAGAAUGGAGGAAACAGAUGUAUGCUGCUAAUUCGAAGAACAAGGCAGCUCGUCCGGAGAGCUACCGCGACGAGUGGGAUGAUGAUCAUCUGUUGGCACAAGCAAAUGAGGAUUUCAAGAAAUACCUAUAAUCUUUGUUGUGAAUCCUGAUUCUCAUUCCGAUUUGAAAAUCGUAUAGCUUACAGGUCAAAUAAUGUUCAGUCCAUACGUGCACUCAAAACUAGAAUGUGAAUCAUUGCUUUAAUUUGUGAAUCAGUUCGUAAUUGGAGGAUUCACGAACGGCA